UCAAUUUGCUGCUUCUAUACGUAGCUUGUGUUUGCCUGUUGGCGCUUUAUAGUUCACCUUAAGGCUUUUUAUGAUUUCAUAAAGUAUUUUAUGGGUAAAAUGGGUAAAAAGAAGUGCAAAAAGAAUAUGCAAAAAUUUCGAAAUAAAAUGCGUGCCAUAAAGGCAAAAGAAAUCAGUGAGUGUUGGAAUGCAAAUUGGAACAGAAAUGCAGAAGACAAUGCAGAGAUAUGCUCUGAGUUGCCCAUUUCUAAUUAUGCACCACCACAAAUUGACUAUGUCAAACGAGCUAAAGUAACUGAUUGUACAGAUGGAGAAACUACUCGACAAAAUGCUCCUAUCAGCAUUUUACAUGCAGUUACACCGAUUCCCACCAUGUAUAGUUGGGUGCCAACUCAGGUUAAUUUCAUGGUGGAAGACGAAACUGUGCUCCAUAAUAUACCAUAUAUGGAAGAUGAUUUUUUAAAUAACAGUAAAUUUAUAAAAGAACUUAUAAAAGUAUAUGAUGGCAAAGUUCAUAGUGAUAAGGAUACAAAAGGUAUGGAUACACGUAUUUUUAUUGAAUUAGUCCAUGCGUUGACUAGAAAAUAUACAAAGGAAAUGAAUGCAAAUUCAACUACAAUUGCCAGCGACAACCUCGAAGAAAAUGCUAAUGAAAAUGAACGAACUGAUAAGAAUAAAAAAGCUGGCACAAAAAUCGCAGAUGCUAAAGAUGUUAUUGAAAGUGUAAAGGAAAAUCCAGGAGAUGAGAAUUAUUCUGAAGAUGAUUCCAAUUUAGAUGAUGGCCUGACGGAUAAAGAAAAAUCAUUUCCACCAGAAAUUUUUCAAGCUAUCCGUGCAUCAUUUCCAGAUAGAGGUACUGCUAUAGAACUAAUGCAGAAGUACAUUGAGUUAACUAAGCAUCAGGAUCCGGAAAGACCGCAAAAUUAUACACAAAAUAUAGAUGGCGAAAAGGCUGAAAGUAAUACCCGGGAACGUACGAUGCAAUCUUAUCAAAAAUUAUUCUGCCGCAGAUGCUUCAAAUAUAAUUGCUUUGAACAUCGUUUACAAAGUCAUGCUGGACCCGAUUUGUCCAAACGUCGCUUUCCCGAGCUUAAACCUUUUACAGAACCUUGCGGCAAUGAUUGUUAUAUGCUAUUGGAUGAAGUGAAAGAAAAGUUGGCAGCCGGUAAUAAAACACUGCCAAUUGAUUCAUACAAUGAUGAAAGGUCAAAAGACAGCAAUGAUAGCAAUAGUCAAAUUCAUAAUAAACAGUUUAAUAUAAAAAACGGAAAAGAUAAUGGUGUUGCUGUAAAAAGUGCUGUAUCAAAAAAAAUAAACUUAAUAAUGGGUGAUAACAUGGGCACAUCAAAUACGAAUUCUACGUGGACUGGCAGUGAUCAAUCCCUUUUUCGUACUCUUCAGACAGUAUUUCUUAAAAACUAUUGCGCUAUAGCACAGACGUUACUGACAAAAACUUGCCAACAGGUAUACGCAUUUGCGCAAAAGGAAACGAGCGAGAUCAAUGAAUUGCGACAAAAUUAUGCACCAUCUGGUAAUAAGAAGAAGGAACAACGAUCACACUGCCGUAAAUUCCAGCUUAAAAAGGAAGUUGACGAAAAAACUCAUUUGUAUAACUACACACCAUGCCAUCAUCCUGGUCCAUGUGAUAGGAAUUGUUCUUGUUUAUUGACCCAGAACUUUUGCGAAAAAUUUUGCAAUUGCAGCAGCGACUGCCCGAAUCGUUUUCGUGGUUGCCGUUGUAAAUCGCAAUGCAACACUAAACGAUGCCCAUGUUAUAUAGCAGUGCGAGAGUGUGAUCCAGAUUUGUGUCUAGCAUGUGGAGCUAACCAAUUUGAAUCUACUGAAGUCACAUGUAAAAAUGUAUGCGUACAACGUAAAAAGCAUAAACAACUUCUAAUGGCUCCAUCGGACGUCGCUGGUUGGGGUAUUUUCCUUAAGGAUGGUGUACAAAAGAAUGAAUUUAUAUCAGAAUAUUGUGGAGAAUUAAUAUCACAAAACGAAGCCGAUCGUCGUGGCAAAGUAUACGACAAAAACAAGUCUUCAUAUUUAUUUAAUCUUAACAAUGACUUCGUAGUGGACGCUACACGUAAAGGAAAUAAUAUACGUUUUGCAAACCAUUCCGUUAAUCCCAAUUGCUAUGCAAAAGUAAUGAUGGUUAACGGUGACCACCGCAUUGGUAUAUUCGCAAAGCGUGAUAUACAGCCGGGCGAAGAACUAUUCAUCGAUUAUAGAUAUGGUCCAGCGGAACAAUUAAAGUUUGUUGGAAUAGAACGCGAACCGGAAAUUGUUUUAAAAAAUUUUAAAGUUUAUUAA